AUGGAUAAGAAUUAUUUUUUAGUGCAAAAGCGAGCUUUGCAAAUCAUUGGUUUUAAACUAAAACAUUCGCAAUUGGUUGUGGAACAUCCUUUAUGGCUAGCCUUAUUAUUAUUUUCCCUGAUCUCACACAAUUGGCCAAUGGUUGUGUAUGGACUGCAGGAUCUAAGUGAUUUAACACGCCUAACUGACAAUUUGGCUGUGGUCUGGCAGGGCUCUCUGUCGACAUUCAAGACCAUAAUGUUUGUGCUAAAGAGACGAGAAAUUGGUUCGAUUAUUCAACGUCUGCAUAAACUGAACGAAGAGAAGUCCACAGAACCAUCGCAGCUGGCAAGAAUUCAGUCAGAGAAUGAACUAGACAAUUAUGUAUCUACUGCAUUUCGUAAUGCUGCCUAUGGUACACUUUUGGCUUCCAUAUUAGCACCCCUUGGUCUUGGCUGGCUGGACACUCUACAGGGAAGUAAUUUUCGUGUACGUACACCCAUGGAUUUCAAUUUCUGGCUAGACGACACACAACCCGAAUACUAUUGGCCCAUCUAUUUUUGGGGCAUCUAUGGCAUAGCUGCUGCCGCCUGGACUACCAUUGCCGUUGAUACACUCUUCUCUUGGCUAAUACACAAUGUGGUUGUGCAAUUUCAAUUGCUGAAAUUGAUGUUAAACCAGGGUGAGACAUCGACAACGCAUUGGCAUUUAGUUAAAUGCAUCCAACAGCAUCGUCUGGCCUUGGAUUUGGCCAAGCAACUGAGUGAAAUCUAUGCAGAAAUUGUAUUUGUCCAGUAUAUGCUGAGCUAUUUGCAAAUCUGUACAUUGGCCUAUCGCUUCAGUCUAGGCGGAUGGAAUGCCCAAGUGCCAUUUCGUGCCUGUUUUCUUAUGACAGUACUCGUAUAUCUUAUCUCGUAUUGCUAUGGCGGUGAAUAUUUGAAACAGGAAAGUUCUUCGGUGGCCAUGUGUAUCUAUGAAAGCUUUGAUUGGCCAAAUAUAAAGCCGGACACACGUCGCCUGUUACUCAUGAUGAUGCGGCGUAGUCAGAAGGCAUCAAAAAUAUUUGGCUAUAUGUUUGAUAUUGAUUUUCCUCUAUUCCUUUGGGUCAUACGCACGGCUGGUUCAUUUCUGGCCAUGCUUAAGACUUUGGAGCGUUAA